ACACACACACACGCGUUAGCUGCGUGCGCGUGGAGAAAAAAAAAUCGUGUUCCAGUGACGCCAGGCCGCGCGCGUGCUCAGUGUCUCCCGCACACCGCUGUCUAAUUCUAAUACGAGUAAACUUACUUCAUCAUUAGUGACCGCAUUUGUCGGAUCAUCUCGCGUAUAACCCUCGGUUAUUUAUUUCACUCGAGCUGUCUGUCUCCUUCUAUCUCUCAGUCUUCCCUGUUUCAUAGAGCAUCGUUCUUCGAAAGGGACCAUGACAAGUAAUUUGAACAAAUAAGAGAACUUAUCUUAACAAUACCAGAAGCAGCGAAUCAUCCUUUAGCAUAAACAAGAAAGAAGAAAAAGUAGAGAAAAGCAAGGGGAAAGAAACAAGUGCAGGGAGGAGAGGAGAAGUGCGCGAGGACAGUCGAUGGACGCUGCCCGGACCAAGGGGACAGCAGAUUCUCAUCUAGCAGGGACAAGAAAGAUUUCAAAAUUGAGUCGAAGGAUAGAAACCUGCCGUCAGGCAUGGUGUGUGAGAAGGGGAUCCAGAUCCUUCUCACCAUCGUGGGGGCAUUCGCCUCCUUUGGCCUGAUGACGGUGGCAAUAGGGACAGAUUACUGGCUCUACUCUCGUGCUCUGAUCUGCAACAGCACAGCCAAUGUGACCCAGGAUGACCCACACAACAAAGACAAGAAAGACCCUGGAGCUCUCACACACUCAGGCCUUUGGAGGAUCUGCUGCCUUGAGGGUGUAAAACGAGGGGUUUGCUCUCAGAUCAACCACUUCCCAGAAGACGCCGACUUCGACCACGAUGGAGCAGAGUACGUCUUACGAGUGGUUCGGGCUUCAAAUAUCUUCCCUAUUCUUAGUGCAAUCUUGUUGCUGAUGGGAGGAGUGUGUAUUGCUGCCAGUCGCUUCUACAAAAGCAAGAGGAACAUCAUACUGGGAGCUGGCAUUCUGUUUGUAGCUGCAGGUUUGAGCAACAUCAUUGGUGUGAUAGUGUACAUCUCGGCAGCGCUAGGCGACAUUUCUCCAAAGAAGGAUGAGGAUAAAAAAUGGCAAUAUUCAUAUGGCUGGUCCUUCUAUUUUGGAGGCCUUUCAUUUAUCCUGGCUGAGAUGGUGGGGGUGCUGGCUGUAAACAUCUACAUUGAAAAGAACAAGGAGCUGCGCUGCCGUUCACGCACUGACAUCUUCAAGAGCACAACGCACGCUGUGCUGCGCCUGCCUAGCUACCGCUUCCGCCGCCGCUCCUCACGCUCCAGCUCACGCUCUACUGAACCUUCAAGAGGCUCACGGGACCCCUCGCCUGCUGCUGCUGGCCCACCAGGAAGCAAAAGCUUUGGCCUGCCCCCCUCAGCACUGCUGUCACAAGGGCCUGUGUCGGUUUCCACCCUGCCUAAUCCACACUCACACUCCCGCUCACACUCGGCCCUACCUGGAGGUGACAUCUCGCUCUACACCCUGUCUCGAGACCCCAAACUCGGUGCACUGGGGGCUCUGGGUGCACCUCCAAUGUAUGGCACAGUGGAUCGUGCAACGCUCUACCAGUUGCACAACUGCUUUCCCAAGGAGAGCGGCGGAGGAGGAGCCACCAUGAUGAUGAGCGGCACACUGCCCUCUCUCAAGUCCCACAAUCCAGCAGGAGUGCCGAACGCGUCCAGUGGAAACUCGGCACCCUCGUCACAACCCCCGCCUUUCUCCUCCUCUACAGUGGAGAGGGAGAGAGGGAUGGGCACACUCGACAGGCUGGCCAAGCCUGAGAGCAAUUCCAACACGCUAAACAGGAAAACCACACCAGUGUAGAGGAGACUAGAACAGAACAGAAGAGAGCACGAGGCCUGUAGCGUGGAGGCUGAAUGAAGGUUGUGUUGAAGUUAAGAAAAGCAGAGAAAUGAGAUAUUCCUUCUGUCUGAAAUGAUGUUCUGUUUUCAGUGAAUGGAAAAUGAGUUUCAGACAAAACAGUUCAACAGUGACAAUUCAUAAUAACAACUACAACAUCCAUUUAGUUUUAUAACAUUUUUUAAAAUGUGAACUAUGAUCAUUGGAUACUGUACUGUGAAGUUUACCCUUUUUUUACCCUUCUUUAUCUUUUUUUUUUUUUUAAGACAUUGAAGCGAGUGGUUGUCCAAGUGCAUUCAUAGAGGGUUUGUUGUUGUUGUUAUUAUGAGAAAAAAAAAAUCAGUGAUGACUAGCUUUUAUGUUGGAAAUGAUUUUCAAGACAUCAACUGUGAUUCUGAUACAGUGGAUACUGCAGAAGCAUGAGUGUCUAUAUGUGUGAGAAAGAAAACAUUAUUAUUAUUAUUAUUAUUAUUAUUAUUAUUAUUAUUAUUAUUAUUAUUAUUAUUACUACAACUAGCCUAAAAAAACAACUUUGUAGGAAGCAUCUAAUUUAUUUUUAGAAUUGAUUUCUUUUCUAACCUUUGAUAACAUGAUAUUAAGUGUUUAUUCUGAAUAUUGUCUUCCAGUUCUAUCAACAGAAGAAAAUAGUCAUUGAUGGACUGAAAAACUGCUGAUCGAGUGUUGAAAUGACAUUUUUUAAAAAAGGAAUUGAUCAUCCUAGCAUUAUUUUUGUUAUGAUUAGUAGCUGUGAAGGUAGCAGUAAUCUUUUUUUCGGGGCAUUACCAGAUUACCAGAUCCCUCACUGGUAUAUAUAUAUAUAUAUAUAUAUAUAUAUAUAUAUAUAUAUAUAUAUAUAUAUAUAUAUAUAUAUAUAUAUAUAUAUAUACACAUAUAUUUAUUUGUAUAAAGAGAAGUAUAGAUAUUCCUGUAGGACAGUGUAUUGUAAAGUGACUUCUAUCUUCUAUCCAAAACUGUGCUUUCUACAUGAUCGAGGAGACCAAGAGAUGUGUGUAAAAUAAAUAUACACAUAUAUAUAUAUAUCUAAAUAAAUAAUUAACAAAGAUUAAAAUGAUGUGGGAAACUAAUGCCGAUGUAUAAUGUCAUUAUACAUAACUAUAUCUGAAGUCACUAGAGGUUGGGGCCAGCAGAAAUUGUGGGAAAUUUGAGAAACUACAUUAUAUAUAUAUGUCUAUGUCUAUAUCGGGCACUGUCCAACUAAAAUCCAGAUUGGAUCAGAUCAGACGUGUGUAUUUUGUGCUAUGUGACCAUGCCAGCAUCCCCGUGGCCAGACUCCCACUUUCACUGUGCUGCACCUGAUCCCAUUAGAUCUUUCUGCUUCUUCCAGUGAGAGAUUCUACACACGUAAACGAUCUGCCAACCUCAAUCUAUAUAGGGCCAACAUGGGACACUAUGCCAUAGAGUGCAAAAAAAGAGAAUAGCCAUCAACACACACACACACACUGCAACUGGAGGUGUGUUUUUUUUUUUAACCACUAUGAAAAUGCAAAAACUACAAGCAGACAGCAUUCAUGUGAGCAUCUCUAAAUAUGUAGUGAGAAUAGAUAUAUCCACACAAAAAAAAAACAGUUUAUCUAAAUGUGUGAUAAACUGAAACACUGUAUUGCACGGAUUUUCUAUAUAUAAAAAAAAACAACAACAAGACAAUCUUGGUGUGAUGUCUUUUGUCCUUUGGUUCCUGUUUUACCAGGAAGGAAACAAAAGCAAUGGAAUACUGAUCCAGUUUCCAAAUCCUGUUAUUGUUGCGAUGAGAAUGUGCACAGGUAACAGAUUUUUUAUUUUCUAUUUCUCUGAAAAUGUCUUUUGACAUGUUAAGACGCUAGAGACUAAAGCGGACCGGUCUGUAUUAAAGCAUCGCUUGGGAUAGUUAUUAAAGGUCCUGCCUUAGAAACAUGCAGUAAUUUCUAUAUUACAGCAAAACGGAAAGCAGCAGAGCAUCAUAUCUUCGGAAAAAGGGCUACACACAGACACACACACACACACACACACACACACACAGAAGCAGCAGUAUACUCAUUUUACAGUUUAACAGAUCCUUCUAGUAAAACCUUUCCAAACUUCUGUUUCGAUGAGAGUAGGUUCAUAACCGUUAUUUAUUUUGAUUCUAAUUAAAAAAGUGGACGAACCAAAUACUGAGGAAUUCAUGUUAAUAUUUCAAAG